CUAGUUUUAAAAUGCAGCGUUUUGUGGAAAGCUCACCAUCGACGGUCUGUUACUGGGCCACGUCAUCGAAACGGAUAAAAUGGAACCAUCCAAAAGGAAGAUAGAAGUACCAAGAAGAUUGCGGAGAGUCGUGAAAAGUUUUGAGCUUUGAUCACUCACUCACUAGUAAUGGAGGCUCUUCAAUUUUCCAGCGUGAAUAGAGUUCCUUGUACUCUGAGCUGUACCGGAAAUAGGAGAAUUAAGGCUGCCUUCAGCUCUGCGUUCACCGGUGGCACCAUCAAUUCAGCUUCUCUGUCCUCCUCUAGGAAUCUCUCCACGCGAGAGAUAUGGAGUUGGGUGAAAUCGAAGACUGUUGUUGGCCAUGGAAGAUACAGAAGAAGCCAAGUGAGAGCCGAGAUGUUUGGUCAGUUGACUGGUGGCCUCGAGGCUGCUUGGAGCAAACUCAAAGGCGAAGAGGUCUUGACUAAGGACAAUAUUGCUGAGCCAAUGCGGGAUAUCAGAAGAGCUCUCCUGGAAGCAGAUGUGAGUCUCCCAGUUGUUAGAAGGUUUGUUCAGUCUGUUAGUGACCAAGCCGUUGGAAUGGGUGUCAUUCGUGGAGUCAAACCAGAUCAGCAAUUGGUCAAGAUUGUACAUGAUGAGCUAGUGAAAUUGAUGGGUGGAGAAGUAUCUGAGUUACAGUUUGCUAAAUCAGGUCCUACAGUAAUAUUGUUGGCUGGGCUCCAAGGAGUUGGAAAGACAACGGUUUGUGCUAAACUAGCUUGUUACCUAAAGAAGCAGGGAAAAUCUUGCAUGCUUAUUGCUGGAGAUGUAUACCGACCUGCUGCUAUCGAUCAACUUGUCAUUUUAGGUGAACAGGUUGGUGUGCCGGUUUAUACAGCAGGGACUGAUGUAAAACCUGCAGAUAUAGCUAAGCAAGGUCUAAAAGAAGCUAAAAAGAACAAUGUUGAUGUAGUUAUUAUGGAUACUGCAGGGAGGCUUCAGAUAGAUAAAGGCAUGAUGGACGAAUUAAAAGACGUGAAGAAAUUUCUGAAUCCAACAGAAGUGUUACUAGUUGUUGAUGCCAUGACUGGACAAGAAGCUGCAGCACUGGUGACGACAUUCAAUGUAGAGAUAGGAAUUACAGGAGCCAUUUUGACAAAGCUAGAUGGUGAUUCAAGAGGUGGUGCUGCUUUGAGUGUCAAGGAGGUAUCAGGAAAACCGAUUAAACUGGUAGGACGUGGAGAGCGAAUGGAGGAUCUUGAACCCUUUUAUCCAGAUCGAAUGGCUGGACGAAUUCUAGGAAUGGGAGAUGUGCUUUCAUUUGUAGAGAAGGCAACAGAAGUUAUGCGUCAAGAAGAUGCAGAAGAUCUGCAGAAGAAGAUAAUGAGUGCAAAGUUCGACUUCAACGAUUUUCUAAAGCAGACUCGUGCUGUAGCGAAAAUGGGUUCGAUGACACGAGUUCUUGGAAUGAUUCCCGGAAUGGGGAAAGUGAGUCCAGCACAAAUCCGAGAAGCGGAAAAGAAUCUUUUAGUCAUGGAAGCAAUGAUUGAAGUGAUGACACCCGAGGAAAGAGAGAGACCAGAGUUACUAGCAGAAUCUCCAGAGAGAAGAAAAAGAAUCGCUAAAGAUUCAGGAAAGACAGAACAACAGGUGAGCGCACUUGUAGCACAAAUCUUCCAAAUGAGAGUGAAAAUGAAGAACUUGAUGGGAGUGAUGGAAGGAGGAUCAAUUCCAGCAUUAAGCGGUCUCGAGGACGCAUUGAAAGCAGAACAAAAGGCUCCACCUGGAACUGCAAGGAGGAAGAGAAAGGCAGACUCAAGGAAGAAAUUUGUAGAGUCAGCAUCAAGCAAGCCUGGUCCUCGUGGCUUCGGCUCUGGUAACUAAAACUAUUUCAGCCCAAUUUGGUUAAUUUCUAAACGGAUUAUUUUUUUGUAUAAGUUAAUGAAUGAGACAGAAACCUUACAAGUUAAUUACCAAUUUGUUGACAAAACUCAUGAUUAUCUAGGUAGAAAUAUAUUCUUAUUUAAAUAUCAUAUAAUCGAC